UUUCACACCAGAUAUUUAUUUAGAGAGAGAGAGAGAGAGAGAGAGAGAGAGAAUGGAGACGGGCUUUUGCAAAGGAGGGGUCGGAGUGUGAGUGUUCGAUCUAUCUUGUUCGCGUUGAAUUCUGAUGAUAGCAGCUUCUGUGUGACGACGAGAGGCAAAGUAGGGAAAAGUUUGAUUAGAUCCUUAUUGGAAGCAAUCCACAGCCUAUUAGUCUUCAAUUCAUAUACCCUCUAUUACUACUACUACUCAAUAAUACUAGUAACAAAUUAACAAUCCCUUUUCGGAUAUUAUUAUUUGCAUCAUGUUAAAGGCGAAAAUUUCUCCUCACUUUUCAUGUAUGUGGUCGGUUUGAAUCUGCUCCGGAAAUUCGACGGUUCUUUGACUUACGGGGAUUUCAGAUAAGUUGGCGAAAGCGAUUGAUUCCAAUGAAGUGAAAAAAAAAAAAACUGCAUCACUCGUGUGUUGUGUUGGGUUGGAUUUUCCUGGUUACUUGAAUUAAAGUGAAAGUGGUAAAACAAAUUCCAAUUUCAAGAGAGAGAGAGAUGAGAGCGGGGCUGAGUACGAUCCAGCAAACCUUGACACCGGAGGCGGCGAGCGUCUUAUCCCUCUCCAUAGCCGAGGCGGGUCGCCGCAGCCAUGGCCAGACGACGCCGCUCCACGUGGCGGCCACCCUCUUGUCCUCCCCGUCAGGGUUCCUCCGCCAGGCCUGCAUCCGCUCGCACCCGAACUCUUCCCACCCGCUCCAGUGCAGAGCCCUCGAGCUUUGCUUCAGCGUCGCCCUCGAGCGCCUCCCCACGACCACCACCGCCCAAACCACCGCGGCCUCCGACCCACCCGUUUCGAACGCUCUCAUGGCGGCCCUGAAACGGGCCCAGGCCCACCAGCGGCGUGGCUGCCCCGAGCAGCAGCAGCAGCCGUUGUUAGCCGUUAAAGUCGAGCUCGAGCAGCUGAUUAUCUCAAUUCUUGAUGACCCGAGUGUGAGCCGUGUCAUGCGCGAAGCCAGUUUCUCUAGCCCGGCUGUUAAGGCCGCAAUUGAGCAAUCUUUGAAUGCUACUCAUUCCAACUCUGUCAAUCAAACCCCAAUUGGAAUUGGGUGUCGACCGAAUCCGAUUUCGAAUCGGAAUCUGUACUUGAACCCCAGAUUAAAAGAAGGGAAUAAUUUUAGUAAUUCAAUGCAGUCUGGGGGGAUUGGGAAUGAAGAAGUUAAGCGGGUCAUGGAUAUCUUGUUGAGGGAUGUUAAAAAGAACCCGGUUUUGGUUGGGGAGUGCGAGCCGGAGGUGGUGGUGAGGGAGGUAAUCAAGAGGGUUGAGAAAGGGGAAUUGGGUGAUGGACCAUUGAGGAAUGUUCAGGUGAUUCCUAUAGGGAAAGAGCUUUGUUUGGACAAAAGUUUGAUACCCAAUAAGGUUAAGGAUUUGGGAGGGAUAAUUGAGGCUGCAAUUGGGAAUUCUUGUUGUGGUGGGGUGGUUCUUGAUUUGGGUGAUUUGAAAUGGCUGGUGGAGGGUUCCGGUGGGUUGCCGGAAAAGGUUUUGCCAGAGACCGGAAGGGUGGCGGUGGAAGCGUUGGCGGAGUUGUUGUCGAGGUUUGGAGAAGGUAGUGGUGGUGGUGGUAGGGUUUGGUUGAUUGGAACUGCUACUUGUGAGACAUAUUUGAGGUGUCAGGUCUAUCAUCCUUCUAUGGAGAAUGACUGGGAUCUUCAGGCCGUGCCGAUCACUUCACGGUCGCCUUUUCCGGGAAUGUUUCCGAGACUUAGGGCCAGUCCGGUUUUUGGCAACUCAGUUGAGUCUCGAAUCCCAUUGAAGAGCUUUCCAUCCGCGACGACUGAUCUACCAAACCGUGUAUGUGAAAACUUGGAUCCUGCUAGAAGAAUUGGCUGUUGCCCCCAAUGCACACACAACUACGAAAGGGAGCUGGCAAAACUGGUGGCAAAAGAGUACGAAAAUUCCUCUUCCGAAGCUAAAUCAGAUGCACCUCAACCACCACUUCCUCAGUGGAUGCAGAAUGCCAAAGGCCUUAACAUUGAUAUUGGAACACCAAAUCUAUCACAGCCGAAGGAUCAAGAGGCAAUUUUCAAGCAGAAAACUCAAGAACUAGGAAAGAAAUGGAGCGAUACAUGCUUGCAUUUGCACCCUAAUUUUCAUCAGAAUCUUGGGUCUGAAAGAAACACUCCAACGACAGGCUUGUACAAUCCAAAGCUUUUUGUUCGACAGCCUUUCCUACCGAAGUUGCAACAAACCAGAAACCUGGGGGAGACUUUACAAUUGAACUCAAAUCCAGUGGCUAAACAACCUUCUGAUCGAUUGAGUACCCCUCCAGGAAGCCCGGUGGGAACAGACCUUGCUCUAGGGCAGACCAAAAUCCUCCAGACCACCCCAGAAAGGAACCAUAAAGAUUGUGCUAAAGACUUGUUGGGUCCUAAACUACUGCCCAAAGUCGAUGAAUUUCAAGUCGAGAAAUUCGCUAAUGUAUCGGAUGCUGAUUCAUUUAAGAAACUCCUCAAGGGUUUAACAGAGAAGGUGUGGUGGCAAAGGGAAGCAGCUUCUGAAGUGGCUACGGCUGUGACUAGGUGCAAAUUGGGUAAUGGAAGCCGGAGGGUUGGUGAAUCGAAGGGCGAUAUAUGGCUAUUAUUCACAGGUCCAGACCGGAUAGGGAAGAAGAAGAUGGCAUCUGUUCUUUCUGAUCAAUUUUGUGGGACCAACCCAGUUAUGAUUUGCCUUGGGCCGAGGCGUGAUGAUGAGGAUUCAGAUGUGAGUUUCCGUGGUAAGACAGCACUGGAUCGGAUUGCAGAGGCAGUUCGUAGGAACCCUUUUUCAGUAAUUAUGCUAGAGGACAUAGAUGAAGCGGAUUUGCUGGUUCGUGGGGGUAUUAAGCGGGCCAUGGAGAGAGGUCGGAUUUCUGAUUCUUAUGGUAGAGAAAUUAGUCUUGGGAAUGUGAUUUUCAUCCUUACUGCAAAAUGGUUACGAGAAAAUCUUAGAAGUUUUGAUGGCCAAAAGGUGCUCCACGAAAAUAAGUUUUCGUCUAUCGCAAGCCAUGGUUGGCAGUUGAGGCUGUCCAUUGUGGAGAAAGGUACCAAACGAAGAGCCAAUUGGCUACACAACACAGACAGGCCGACAAAGAAAGAAAUGGGAUGUGGUCUAUCAUUUGAUCUUAAUCUAGCAGCUGACAGUGUAGAUGAUCGAACUGAUGGGAGUGAUCUCACCAUUGAUCACGAAGAUGAUUAUGGUCUUGAAAAUUGGCGCUUUUCCAUAAACUCAUUGCCACAUGAGAUGAUCAGUUUGAUAGACGAUGCUGUAGUAUUUAAGCCCGUUGAGCUUGGCCUAUUUCAAUGUGAAGUUAAAAGAAGAAUCGCAGAGAAGUUCUCUGCUGUUCUGGACAACAGAUUGUCGCUAGAAUUGGAAGAGGAAGCACUUGAGAAGAUCCUAGGUGGGGUUUGGCUUGGACGAACUGGUUUGGAAGAGUGGGCGGAGAAGGUGUUGGUUCCAAGCUUCCAACAGCUCAAGGCAAGCCUACCCUCCACAGCCGCUCAAAUGGUUGUUUGGCUUGAAUCGGACAGCUAUUCCGGAAGCCGAAGCACUGGAGACUGGUUGCCUAGUACAGUCACAGUAAAAUUGGAUGGUGUGUAGUUGGGAAGGGGGAUACUGCUUGAAUUUUGUAUUUUUACUUGGGUUGAGAUGUAAAUAGGGCGAAGUAGUUGAAGGGGGGAGUCAAAACGGUAGGAAAUGGUAAAGGGAAGCAGUUAGAAAGGAGUGAUUAUUCAGUACUCCUAGGACAUGUUUCAACCCUCUUACAGACGUAUGCGGGUCCGAGAAACUUACCCAAUCCCAGCGCGGUGAAGUUGCCCGAUAGGGCUUGUGCCGUGCUGUACUUGCAACAGGAAUGCUGGUUUACUUGGUCGAUCCUGUCUGCCGUCUCCAAGAUGAAGCCAUGCAUGUGUAAUGUGUACGUAAGUGAAACUGCCAAUGACUUAAUUAAUUGGCUAUAUUCUAUUUGAUAGUGUCUGCUACUCGGAUAAGUACCGGAGUAAUUUUAGAGUUAAUACGUGCAACAAGUUCAAGUUCGACUAUACGGUUUCAUAUAUAUGUUUGUUAGAGUUGGAACAUGCUAGGGGCACUGAAUAAUUAUAUGAUAGAAAUAGGAUGUUGAUAGUUUAGGGGCCUUUUGAGGGUUGUCACUUCCCUUUGUUGUAAUAGUAUAUUUCUUAACAUGCCUUUUUUGUUUUCAACUCUGCUAUAGUCUUUCAAUA